AUGAAUAAUUUGAGUGCUUCUGGUUCUGUUGUGAAUGUCGAUGUGUUGUGGUGGUUGUUCUCGACUUUGAGGCCCUCUGGAUUUCUUCCUUCUCCUCUUUGUUUCUCUUGGGUCUCCAACUCGGGUUUGGUGGAUCUUUGGGAUCUCGGUUUCACAGCGGAAGGCUUGUUUUUCUCCUCCCCUGCCUUGACGUUUGAAGUUGCCCGGUGUUCCACUUCUCCGACCUGA